AAGAGUUGCUUCCCUUGAUGUAAAACAACAACAACAACAACAAAAACGAACAAAAUGCACGAAAAUGAAAUUCUUACAUUGAUAUCUCCAAAGAUAAGUCAUCAGAUAUUACAAUUACUUCAAGAUGGAUAUUUUGGCAUAUGUGGUGGAAAGAUUAAGAUAACAGAUCUAAAUACAAGUUGCACAACUUUGACAGCUAUGAGUCCAGGAAACUGUGACAGAUUUAAAGUUGUCAUUCCAUUUGCUGGGCAGACAAUCACUUGGGAGGUGUUAUUUGACUGCAACUUUCCAGAAGGACCCCCAGAUUUUAUAUUUGGAUCUGAAGAUCUUGACUUCUUCCCUGAUAUUAACAGUUUACAGAGUUUAGUGGAAUGGGAUUAUGAAGAUCCUUGCUGUUUGGGACAGGUGAUUGAAGAAUUACUUUAUCAGUAUAAAAAAUAUCAGGAAAAUAUAAUAAAUGGAACACAUCGUUUAAAGUUUGAGUACAGUUCUUUAGUGGAGGAUACAGAUGUUAAAUCAGAAGAUGUGGAAAUACAUGUGUCACGUACAGAGAACAGAAUGGGACCCAUUAACUUUUUGAUGAAACUCCAUGUAGACUUUGCAAGAAUACCAGCCUAUAUAAUAAAGCUUGACCCAGGUGAAGAUGCAGCUUUAUUACUGGUAUCAUUUAAUAGUCCUGAGGGAACUAGAAUAACACCCCAGUUAUACCUCUCACCAAGAGUUGAAAGAGCACUUGGUGGAUCAGCUAAUCUCAGAAUCCCAGGGUUCCCUGUUGGUUCAUGCCUUUCAGAAUAUGUUCCUGAUGUUACACUACUUCUUAAAAAUAAGGUUGACCAGAUUGUUCAGUGUUAUGAAAAAAGAAAAGAAUACAUAGCUGCAUUCUUAAGCAUGUUUGGAAGGUCUAUCCUGGAAUAUGAUGCUGAGGGGUUUACUAAAGUUUCAUUUCUUUUUGAGUGGCAUGACUUUUUCUUCAUUAUAAACAUUGAGUUGCCCACUUAUUUUCCGAAGGAACAGCCAUUUUUAACAUUUCAAUCAAUUUAUCAUGAGACUAAAGGUAAACCUUACUCGGAAACCCAUCAAGAUGAUUAUCCCUAUAGUCCUAGAUGGAGUGGACUCGAGAUGGCUGAACGUGCUAAGACAUUCAUACUGGACAAUAUAGGUGCCUUCCAGAAACAAUCAGUCAAAAGUUGUGCAACCUGAGGGAAAUAUAAGUGGACAUUUACUAGUGCAAUAUACUGUUCUUAAGAUAAACAUACUGUAAUAGUAUGUAUGUAAAAACAGUUGUUUACUUGUGUUACUGGAUAUUGUUAAUUCAACAAAGAUAUCAGCCCCCGCCAGAUAUAAUGCAGAGUUGGACUUAGUACCAGUACUAUUAAAGCCAGAAAGUAACAUGCCCUUUUGA